GCUUCAAUGUUUUCAUCAAAGAACUAAAUCUAUAAUCACGUGAUGAAUUUUGAUGUUUAAUCAAGGUCACAACAACAAAUACAACUGACAAUAACAAUAAACAAAAAAAUUGUAAUCAUCAAAUUAAACGUCAUAUAUUAUUGAUAAAAAAAGAACAACAAAAAGGUAUUAACUAUUAUUAACAUUAAUUAAAUUGUAAAAUAUAAUAAUUGAAUGAUAAAAAAAAAAAACAAUGUCACCUGAACCAACACAAGAAAUAAUGGAUGAAAAUUUAAAAGUACCACAAAAUGUUACAAUGGAAUUACAAGGUGUCAAUGAAUCAGACAGUGAGGAUGAUGAAGCUGGAGAACAUGGAUAUCUUCCACUGUCACAAGUGCCAACUGACAGUGAUGUUAUUCUAGAUGAUGAUGAUGUUGAUGGCGAGGAUGAUGAGUGGGUAUCAAAUGAUAAUCAUACAAAUGACAUGAUUCCAGUGCCAAAUGAUGAUUGUACAACGAAAAUAACACCAUCAGAAUUAACACAAGUAUGGACAACACCGUGUCCAGUAAAAAUACAUUUAGAUGCUGAUAAAAUAAACCAAGUUAAAACAGCAAUGGCUAAUUUUAAAUUACCAACAACUGCAAUACCAGAAUGGGCAAAUUCAGUUACUGAAGAACAAUGGAAAGAUAAAUUAAUUGAUAAAAUUAAAAAAAUACAAGAACAAUGAUUUAUUUAAUAAUUUAUUUGUUAUUUUUUUUCUUAAUAUUUUUUCAUUCAAAGAUAUAUUUUCAUUAUUAUUAUUAUUAUUAUCUAUUCUAUCAAAUGUUAUGAAAUAAUAAAAUAAUACUUGAUGAAUAUUACA